CGCCUCUCACAGAGGAGAGCUCAUCAGCGCCUGCGCGGAGCGGCUCCUGUCUUCCCUCCCGCUAACGGUCACACUUAGGGCUGGUCAACGUCAUCACGAGAGGCCCUAAAAGCGCGGCCCACGGAAACUACUGCUCCCAGCAUUCAGCGUGGCGCGUGGCACUGAUUACUCACCGCCAGGUGCCGCAUUGUACUCUGGGAGUUAUAGUCCCCAACACGGCUCUGGUGCCGAGCUAGGAGCAGGGAGUUUGUAUGUUCUGAGAGGUCCUAAGAAAAACAAAUCUUUUAACAGAGGAGUUCCCCUUUUCAUUUUCUACUCUGCUGAAAACCAGACUAUUUGGGGAGCUAGUUUGGGGAUAUACCAGCAUGGAUCCAAGCAGCGAUUACCAGUUCCUCAAUGAGAUUCUGGGAAAAGCAGUGAAAAUCACCUUGAAAUGUGGUGUCUUCCAGGGAAUAUUGCAGCAUGUGGAUUCCAGCAGAAGUAUCGUUCUGAGCAGAGUGAAGAACUUGGAGACAGGCAGAAGCAUGGCAGGUGUGAAGAUGUUUUUUGCUUAUGAAAUUGUGAAUGUGGAACUGCUGGAGGAACUGGAACAAGAUGCAGCAAGGGGAGCUGCAACUCCCAUCAGGGACAGUCUAGUUACUGGAGGAACUGGAAUGGACAGGGGAGAACCAGCAGAUCACAGCCCACAGAGUUCUACUUGCAUUUUCCCAGAGAGCGAGGCCACCACCCUGAGUAACUUAAAAUAUACCCUGGCAGAAGAGGAAGAGGAAAAUGUGGAGUACAUAGUCAUUGAUCAAUUCCAGCAGAAAUUUGGUCCUGCUAUGCUGCACAUCAAAAAACAGAGUGUUUUUGGUGUGGCAGCAGAGGGUGUUAAUCUGUGUCGUCAUGGAAGACUCUGCUGGCUUCAGGUAGCCACGAGGAGUCGGGUUUUUUUAUUUGAUAUUUUCCUUCUGGGGCCUCGAGUUUUCAAAAAUGGACUGCAAAUGGUGCUGGAAGACAAGAACAUUUUGAAAGUCAUCCAUGACUGCCGUUCGAUCUCAGACUGCCUGUCACAUCAGUAUGGAAUCAUUCUUUCCAAUGUAUUUGAUACACAGGUUGCUGAUGUCCUGCAUUUUUCCAAUAUAACAGGUGGGUUCCUUCCACAUCGCAUCAGUUCCCUACAGGAGUGCUUGAUGCGGCACCUCAAGAUGUCCCCCCAAAAGGUGUCCUUCCUGGCGUACAGGCAGCAGGUUGUUCAAGAGAAUCCUGAUAUAUGGUUUGUGAGACCUCUUCCACCUUUACUCCUGAAAGUGUUGGCUCUGGAAACCGUUUACCUUCUACCUCUCCGCUUGUUGCUACUGGAUGAGAUGAUGUCUGACUUAACAACCUUGGUGGAUGGAUACUUAAAUUCAUAUCGGGAGGGGUCUGCAGAUCUGCUGGGGAGCACAGAGAUCUCUUGUAUGGAGCUGCCAGAGGAGCUGCAGCAGCUGGCAGAUUUCCAAAAGUUGCGAAGAGAGAAAGCAUUAAAAAAGUACAAGGUAAAUGAGGAGGGUCUCCUGAUCAGACCACCACUGGAAUCCAAAGGAAAGAAGGCAGCAGCGGUGGAAGAAAAACAAGGAGAGGAUAGUUGUUGGCUUUCUUCUAAUGGAGCAGCCUUAAAAAAGACAUCCUUCCAUCCCCAAGAUCCACUUCAUCAAAAUGAUGAUGAGCAGAAGAAAGUGGUAGAUCACUGGGAAAAUAAAAAGUCUAGAAUCGACUAUAAAAAUCCACCCUUCAAAAUGGAGUCAGGAGCAAGAGACUUGGUGAGCUGGAACUCUGUAUCAGAGAACACCCAAGCAACAGGGAAGGGAUUCUCUCCAGAGCAGAAACCUCACACACAGGCUGCUGGAUCUUUACAAGAAGAGAUUAGUCUAUUCACAGGAAACAAGGAUGAAGACUUAUUUUGUGCAAAGCAUAGCACCACUGUGUCUGCCUCUACUCCUCCAAAAAUUAGCAGUUCUCUUCAUGAUUCAUUUCAGGUUCCACGGCAGCCCUCACUUUCUGUACUGCCUCCUUGCCCAGUCCUAGAGACUGUUGGUUUGUGGCAGAACCCAUCCUUGAAGAUGACCCAGACCUACAUUUCCAAUUUCCCAGUAAGGCCAGAAAGGGAAAGGAGUUCAGCAGUUCGCUUUGCCUUUCCUUCAGGUCUCAACUGCCGGAUGCCAGCACCAAGCCCUGCAGGAAAAUAGCAGAGCUAUUUUCAUUACUCUUUCAAAAAAAGAAAAGAUCAUUGUCUCCAUCAUCCUGUCAGUAUAAGUGUCUUCAAGAAUUUUUAGGUAUUGGAGAAAAGUAUUUCAUUUCUAUGUUUCCCCACUUGUUGAAAUAGUUCUACAGAACUCUCACCUAGUUCCAGCAAAGCUUUUGUAGUGCAGACGAGGCCCUACUGUAGAUAUAGCUUGCUGGUAUAGUUUAUAUCAGUCCCCUGAACAAAAUAAGCUAUAACACCAAAAGCACUCUUGCGCUGGUAUAACUGCAUUUUACCUAGGACUUUUGCUGGUAUAAAAAAAUCACAUCCCUAGAUGACAUUAUUAUGUCUGCAAAAGUUUCUAGUGCAGACCUGGCUUAAGUGUGACAACACUGAUGUAGAUUUAGCUCCAUCAUUUUCGCAAACUGAUAAAGUAACUGAGCUGUGUAGCAUGGGAUUGCUCAAAAUUGUCCAUGAUUUGGUAAAUACAUAUAUUUAAGUAUUGGAAAGUCAGUACUCUUGAUAUUUUGGAAGAGAAAAUCACCUCAUUCUAUUGGGAAUGGGAGUAGAAAUGGAGAGGUUGUGUUGUGAAGUUUUGUGGCUGGUUGUAUCCAGUAAGAUUUCACUGAGCACUAACAGUGUUCGUAAUAGGGAGGAGGUAUGGUUCUCUGCCCCAAGGAGAUUGCACUCUUGUGGUCCCCUCGUUCUUAGAUUGCAGAGUUACAUUAAUUAAAUGUGAGGCUGUUUCACUAUCAUAUGGAAUCCAGGGUUUGUGCUUUUGAAUGUAUACAAAUACUUGUUUGAGUUGCGUUGACGGGGACACAAACUGUUGAGCCAUUGAUUUCCAGUUGUCAACCUGUGAUGUAUAUGUGCAUUUUUAAAGUAUUAUUGCCAGGGAAAACAAACGCCAUAUAUUUUUUACAAACAAUACUAAACUAGCAGUUCCCAAAUAGGACUUUCUUUUGGUACUGGCUUACUUUUUUUUUUUUUUUUUUUUUUCAUUGAAGGUGAUUCAGAGGUGGAUCAUGCUCCCUAUAUCCGUGCAUUUUGGGGGCUUAAAGAGAGACAAGCUUCCACAAGUUCUCUGAAACAUUUACAGUAUUCUGUAUUUAAGAAAAAAAUCCAGGUUCUGCUGUCAUGGUUUAAAUAAAAAAAUAAAACCAGUUUGAAA